GAUCUAUGAGGCGGUCAACGACACCGAUGAGGUAGGCGUGGCUCGUCAUGUCGCAGCCAGUCGCAAGCGGUAGCAGGCUGCGACUGCCCGCAGACAGAGCUAUAGAUACGCUGCAAGCUCAGUCUGCAGAAGCGUGGCAGGCAUCACAGCGUCGACUGAGGCACGUAGCGGCAGUACACAUUCGCAAUCUCGUCUGUCCUGCUGCUGUAGCGACAGCAAAGGCAGCACCGCCGCCCUCCACACGAGCUCAAGGUGACUUGCUCACUCCUCCAAGGCCCCGUUUGGCAGAACGGCAGUACUCUCAUGACGAUCUCGAUAUCCCCAGAAGCAGACGGAAGCGGUCUGCCACGCUCAAGUCCCAGCCAUCGCCGACGGCUCAGCGUUACACGCCCCAGCGCUCAAAGAGCUACUACUCAUCGCUCAAUGAUCCCUCCUUUGACUUUGAACAGCGCGAGCCGCUAGGCCCGACCAAGCCAGCCCUCACGCGUAGCAAGAGCAGAGGAAGCGUGAGGAGCAUAGAGACCUAUCACACAUCUCUGUCGACUCGCAGUAUAGCAGAGGAAGCCGGCCCACUCGAGCUCGUCGUCAAAGAGAGUCCGCCCGACGAUGCUGGGCCGUACUCUGCUAUCGAAGCAGCGCCAACGAGCUUGAAGAACAGAUCACCAAACCGAACGACUCAUCAGAUGCUUGCGCCCGAGUGGCCUGCCAAUAGAGCAGACCUGGACACUUCUGCGUACCUGCAAACGACUAUGCCAAGCACGCAACGUAACAGAAGCAAUAGCAGAGCGUCCCAAAAGUCUCUUGCCUCUGCAGCGUCAUCCGGCAUCUCGGGGCCCUCUCCAAUACCCCUUGCACUGCAUCAUCACAGACACACAUCGUCGCAAAACCAGAAAGCUCAGCGAGCGCUGCAACGCGCCAUUGAAAAUCGGCUCGUUGAUAGCAUGAUCAUUAUUACACCUGUCUCCGAAGCUCACCAAGUGCUAUAUGCCUCUGAUAUCCAGUCAGAGUCAAUGAAUCCUUCAUUCGCCAUCACGAACGGCGUCAGCGCUCAUGCGGGAGCUCGGCAGCAACUCCUGCUUCAGAUCUGGGCCAGUAAAUCAAAAGCGAUGGGCAAGGGCAAGCAUAAAGCGACAGAAGAGACUUUGUCGCUUGCUCACGAGCGUCAGAUCAAUCUUGCCGACCUCAAGCCAAUGGGUACAGACCUGAUGCGCAUAGCAAGCAUGCUGGAAGACAACAGCAUCUUGCUUGAGAUCGAUGACGAGUAUUGGCUCGUGCCGCGCAAACCAUCCAGAGCUGUCGAUUUUGCCCCCUUGGCAGGCAUCGAGUCUGCCACAGAUGACAGCGACGAUGCAGGCAACACGUCCGAUCCCGGUCCCGGGAAGCUCAGGACGCAAGCUCUACGCAAACGAGAGCGAUGGCGGGAUAGACGCACCUUGCUCGAUCGAUCUCUCCGCGAGACUCGCAUGAAGCCAAGCUACGAUCUUGCUCAUCUGCAAAUGAUAGCGGAAAUGCAGCUCAAAAUUGGGUCUAUGCAAGUCCAGACACAGACAUUGCAGAGCAAGUGCGCAGAGUCGCUCCAAGCCGAUACGGUCGACCUUUCGAGUCGAGAAGCAUCGCGAUUGGCGUUGUGCGUAGAAACCUUGCGCACCCAAGCAGUAGAGAUCGAGCAGCAUCGCGCCGGCAUGAGUGCCAAGCUUGACAACGGACGGGCCGCACUUGCCGCUCGUCGAGAGCGGCUCCGGCGAGCCAACGAGCGCCUCGUUGCUUUGCGUGAAGAGCAAAAGACGACUACUGCCCACACGCAAGACAAGCGACAACGAUUGGAGAUUCUGCAAGCUUCGAUCGUCAACGUGCGAGGCUCGCUGGCCAGUCAGCUGUCUUUCCUCUUUCCCCUUGAGCCUGUCGCCCGACCGGUACACGACUUGCAAUUUUCUCUGCUCGGCCUGCCGCUUGCCAACUCAGAUUUCAGUAUGCGUUCGGACGAGGAAGAAGCAGUCUCCUCUGCGCUGGGCUACUGUGCUCUGCUGACUAGCCUACUAGCCAAGUAUCUCUCGGUUGCGCUACACUUUCCAAUACGGUUCAUCGGCUCACAAUCGCUCGUGACCGAUCCCAUUCACGAGAUGAAGGGCACACGAGCGUUCCCGCUCUUCUAUCGCUCUGUUGAGAAGCACAGAUUCGAUUACGCCGUCUUCUUGCUCAAUAAAGACAUUGAACAAUUGUCUCAAUCUCAAUCGAUAGCAGUGCUCGAUCUGCGCAAUACUCUGCCCAACGUGCAUCUCUUGCUGCUCUCACUUGCAAGCGUUACACAAAGCGAUGAGAAGCGACAGCAGAUCACCAAAGCUGCCAUGGAACUGCUCGCAAACGAUGCUGACACCCGACCAGAUAAGCUGCAAGAGCCUGCAGUCCAGUUUAUGGCCAAGGUUCAGGCAUCGCCGAAGGGCCGGAGCAGCGCCCAGUCGCUUGCCCAGCCUGUACCACCUUUGGCAAUGCAUUGACUCCUAUGAACAUCCUUUGUCGUUACAUGAUACAGAAUUC